AUGCUGAACGACUUUAUUCGGAGUUAUUUUGGCCCGGGCAAAGGCGUGGAGGAGGAGCGCAACGUGGCGAUGCGGGGGUUUGUUCGUGGCCCGGCGAGUACGUCGCGGACCCGGCGCUGCUCGAGGGCACCCUCAAGCUGCCGGAAUACCGGCUUUGUGCGGGGUGGGCGCGCGCCAGCACUGAGGGGCCGUCGCGCGGCGGGGCGGCGUCCUUGGUGCCGCGCGGCUGAGGCUCCGGCCGGCCCUGCAGCUCCGGGGGAGGCAGCGGAGGCGAAGUUGGGGGAGAGAGAAAAAACGAACGGUAAAGGCAGGAAAACAGGGGGCAAACUGCAGUUGCCGGAGGGAUUCUGCGGGGUUGCAUGCAGUGCGGGAGGGACGUGGGUGAAG